AUGACAGAAGGUGAAUAUCCAAAAGCAAUAGCGUUUCUACCAGAAGAAAAUAAAGAAUUUGUUAAGCUCUUUAAUGAACAGAAAUUCAGACCUAGAACUGCUAUUUUAAAAGUCUGGUUUGAAUAUCCCAAAAACAUGUUCUUCCAACCGAUACCAGCUAAAGAUAAAAUCACUUUCACGAAUAGAAUAGAUGGUUUUUAUAAACCAGAAAUAUACUAUACGGAUACCGAUAGUUUAUACAUUUCGUCUAGCAAUUGGAAUAAAUUAAAUGAAGCUGGGUUGGUGUCCGAAAAUGAAUAUUGCAAAGGAAAGAAUGAUUAUGGUGAUGGUGGAAUCAUAUUUGGUUUAUAUUUAGCGCCAAAAGUUAAAUACAAUAUCAUUCUAACUUCCGACGGUAUUCUAAAAGAAAAGAAAACGUUUAAGGGUUAUUCUAACUAUAAGAUUAAGGUAGAGGAUUAUAUUCAAUUAGCUAGUGGACAUGACGUAACGAAUGAGUUUGAUAAACCAUGGGGGAAGAGUUUUACUGAUGGAAUAGUUAUUCCUAAUGAAAAACAAACUAAAAAAUUUAGAAGUUAUCUGAAUCUCAUAAAGAGAAAAGCACCGGACGAUGAAGGAAUCAUGUAUCCUUACAGUGAUAAAGAGGAGAUGUGCUUGGAUGAAAACUACGAAUUUGAUGAUUUCGAUUACCUUACUAUUCAAGAAGAGAAUGAAGAGUGUUAA